AUGGAUGACGUCAUCGACAUCAACAACAACAACUACAACAACAACGAUAACAACAAUUUUGUUGUGAAGGGUAGCAACUGUAACGGCAACAGCAUCAAUGUCAACAACGAUCGUCAUCCGGAGGGCCCACCUGUCAAUCAUCUCGAUCCGGACGCCAUAGAGGAUCGGUUUAGAGUGGAUAGGAAAAAGUUGGAGGAACUCAUAAAAAGCAAAGACGGAGUCCUCGCUAACGAUUUUUUCAAUAAUAUUAUGAACGAAACCAACGUUGUCAUAGCGUGGCCGUCAAGAUUGAAAAUAGGAGCAAAGUCUAAAAAAGAGAAAAGGGAAAGGGAUAGAGAGAAAAUAGAGAAGGAGAGAGAGAGAGAGAAAGCUAGCUCAGUUGGCAGUAGUGCCAUAUCUCGUGAUGCUAUGGAGCAAUGGCCAGAUCCGUAUGUCAAGGUUACGGGAAAACCCGAAGCUGUUGCAGAUGCUAAAAAUAGAAUUCUCUCUAAUCUUACAACAAAGAGUUCAAGGGUCACUUUUAAGAUGAACGUUUCACACACGGAACAUUCGCACGUUAUUGGGAAAGGCGGGAAUAAUAUCAAAAAGGACCUCCUACCCCUGACCUUCACCUUUGACGUGCCCAUCGUAAGCCCCGCACAGAUAAACGCCGAACUCUUGACCCUAAUCGAAGAACUACAGCGGAAGUACGAGGUGACCGUGAGCAUCAAGCCCCAGCUUUCUUCCGGGUACGUCAUGUCCGUGUAUAUCAGGACCAGCGUCUUCAACGCUGACUCUGCCAGGAAGGUGGCCGACACCAUAUUUGGUCACGUGACUGGCCGAGACGGGGUGGUAUUGGAGUCUAUGGACACGGUGCAUCCGCACCCGUGGUCUAAACACGAGACACUCAGCGACCUCGAGCCGCUCUUCAAAGAGAUUGGCCUGAUGAAGUAUAUCGGAAUAGACAUGGCUACCUUUUUGACCUUGACUGACGGUGACCUUAAAGAUUUGGGCAUCACGACCUUCGGAGCCAGGAGAAAGAUGCUUCUCGCCAUUACCAAUCUGAACGAGAAGCAAUCGAAGAUACCCCCACCCCCGGGUCUAUCUCACCCAUUUCGCGAUCCCUCCCUCUUAAAGAGGAGAGAUAUAAUCAGCCACAGUAUCAGAUGGUGACGAAGACGACGACGAAGAUAAUGAUGAUGAUGAUGAUGAUGGGGCCAUGAUGACGAUGAUGACGAUGAAUAUAAUUACGCAGAUAAGGAUGACGAUACGAUGAUGAAAUUUCAUAAUGAUGUUGAUAAGUGAGAUAAGGUAGACCAUUAUGACUUUAAUAAUAAUAAUAAUAUAAUAAUAAUAUUAAUAAUAUCAAUAAUAAUAAUAUAAUAAUAAUAAUAAUAA